GUCAAUUGUUGAAUGUGUCAUUUGUGCUGUUGCAUCUUUUUGUGUAUUUUUUUCUUUUACAAAAAAAACAAUAUUUAACUUUUUAGUUACUUUCGUCACAGUUAUGAGUGUUUUACAUUCUAUAGUGUAUUCCUUUUUGGAUUUGCUACUAAAGCAAAAGUAAAGUUUUAGGAUAAACAUGGCCGAGCUAAGUGCAAUGAACUCCGGUAGUGGAGCAAAUGAUGAGGAGAAUUCACAGAGAAAUGAUUUUAUAAAACAAGAAGUAGAGAUACCAGUAAAACGAGAACCUGUCGAUUGCUUAGUGUGCGCGGACCGUAGUGCGGAUGGAUUCGAGAUACACAGUACGAAAACACUGGUGUCCAACAUAACUCUUUACGAAUUCCUGUGCAAACUAUCUCAGGCCACCUUAACCAGUUGCGAAAAUUAUUCCAAAUAUGUGUGUAAGACUUGUUAUGAUCUUGUCAAUGAGUUAGAACGUGCUGAAAAGGAAUAUAAAAAGCUAAAAGACACUUUUGAAGCUAUAAUAAACAAAAAUCCGUUGUUCGACUGUCGAACGUCGUCUUCCAACUUGUGUAUGGUGAAAAACGAGGUGUUUGAGAGUGUGUAUGAUGACUUGUGUAAAACAGACAAUGAUUCCGAAGAUGAGCCCUUGGCUCUCACCAAGCACAAGCGACAACGAAAAGUUGACAAGAGGAAAAAGAAAUCUAGUGGUGAAGUUAAACGCAGAAAGAGACACAAAGUCAACAAAGACAGUUGGGAGUGUAACUUAUGUGGGCUUGUAGGCCCCAGCGGUGGGACAGAUGAAUUUCAGGCUCACAUGUUGACUUCUCAUGGCACAGAUGAUGCAGAGAUAAAAGACGUCAAAAAAGAAGACAUACUUGAUGAUUUUCAGAAUUCCAAUGACACAUUGGAGUCAAUUUUGAAGAUUAAAAAGAAUGAGUUUCUUGAUGAUGAUGAUGAUGACGACAGUGGGAACUAUGAGCCGGAAACAUUGAGCAAUGGCAAGCAUCGGAGAAACAAACUGCAGUCAAGUACCGGCCCAAAGAGAAGAAAAAAACGGGAAGAAAAGGUAUUGCACCCUUGUGAUCGGUGUGAUGCGAAAUAUACAUCCUUGUUGAGGCUGGAGCAGCACAAGCUGAAACAUGAAGACUCAAAGCCGCCGUACAUCUGUGAGGUGUGCGGCGCUCAUUACAAGCACAAGCGUGCCUGCGACAUACACGUUGCACUACAUAAAGGUAUAAGUGAUUGGAAAUGUGAAGAGUGCAAUAAACUGUUCCCCUCUAAGGGCGCCCUGCAGCGGCACAACAACAUACACACCGGCAAACUCAACUAUCAGUGCGACCUGUGCGGCAAGUCGUUCAUCCACACGUCGUCGUUCAAGAUGCACAAGCUGUCGCACUCGGGAGUGAAGUCACACGCGUGCGACGUGUGCGGCCUCGCGCUGAUGACGCGCUCGCAUCUGAAGCGGCACAAGCGCAUCCACAGCGGGGAGAAGCGGCACGAGUGCUCCGUCUGCGGCAAGCGCUUCUCCGAGCGCUACAACCUCGUCGCGCACACCAAGUCCCACGACGCCGCCACCUCCGCCUCCGCCUCCGCCUCCGCCGGCUGCCCGCCCCCCGCCGCGCCCCGCACCCGCAUCUUCCGCUGCAACUUCUGCCACGAGCGCUUCGACAGGAAGUACAUGCUGGAGCGGCACUGCACGAUGGCGCACGGGCGCGCGCUCGAGCGGCCCCCGCCCACGCCGCGCAACACCAUGAGCAAGCUCCUCAAGGCGCAGGCCGCCGCGCGACGCUCGCACGGUGCGUACACCCUC